CCGACGGUCGCCGACAUGGCUCUCUACUGCGGCGACAACUUCGGCGUGUACUCGCAGCCCGGUCUGUCCCCGGCCGCCGCCGCCCCGGCCGCCCCCCCGGCCGCCCGGGCGCCCUACGGUCUGGCCGACUAUGCCGCGCCGCCGGCCGCAGCCGCCAACCCCUACCUGUGGCUCAACGGGCCGGCCGUGGGCGGUCCCCCUGCCGCCGCCGCCGCGUACCUGGGCGCCCCGCCGCCGCCGCCGCCGCCGCCGCCGCCCCCCGGGGGCGCGCCCGGGCCCUUCCUGCAGCCGCCGACCGCCGCCGGCACCUUCGCCUGCGCGCAGCGGCCCUUCGCGCAGCCCGCGGCCGCAGCGCCCGCCUCGCCCGCCGGGCCCGCGGCGCCCGGGGAGCUGAGCUGGCUGUCCAUGGCCAGCCGCGAGGACCUGAUGAAGAUGGUGCGGCCGCCCUACUCGUACUCGGCGCUCAUCGCCAUGGCCAUCCAGAGCGCGCCCGAGCGCAAGCUCACGCUCAGCCAUAUCUACCAGUUCGUGGCCGACAGCUUCCCCUUCUACCAGCGCAGCAAGGCCGGCUGGCAGAACUCCAUCCGCCACAACCUGUCGCUCAACGACUGCUUCAAGAAGGUGCCCCGCGACGAGGACGACCCAGGGAAAGGUAAUUACUGGACCCUGGAUCCGAACUGUGAGAAAAUGUUUGACAACGGGAACUUCCGUCGGAAGCGAAAGCGCCGCUCGGAAGCCGGCAGCACCCCUACGGUGGCCGUGGGGACGUCGAAAUCAGAAGAAGGGCUCUCCCCGGGACUGGGGUCUGGAGUGGGUGGGAAGCCGGAAGGAGACAGCUCCCCGGCGUUGCUGAGGCCCUCUCAGUCCCCAGAGCCUCCCGAGGGCACCAGGAGCACCGCCUCCUCCCCAGGAGGGUCCGCGCUCUCCUCCACCCCUUGCCUGAACAGCUUCUUCAGCAGCCUCAGCGCGCUAAGUGUCAGCAGCGGUGGGAGCACCCAGCGAGUGCUCCCGGGCGGCCGCCCCCUAGGGAUCCAGGGGACCCAGGUGCCCUCAGCCGGCGCGUUCCCCCCCAGCGCCGUCCCGGAGGCCUCGCCAGACACCUUGCAGCUGAGUCACAGCACCAGCAAUGGCAGCAGCCAGAGAUCCUCCUACUACAGCCCCUUCCCUGCCAGCACCAGCGGGGGACCGAGCAGCCCCUUCAGCACCCCUUUCUACAACUUCAGCAUGGUCAACAGCCUCAUCUACCCCCGGGAGGGCUCCGAGGUCUAGACCCCCCA